AUGCCACCACCACCUUCCUAUCACCCAUAUAACAAUCUACAAAACAGCAACAACUCAAUCAAAGAGUCGAUUGAGCUACUACGAAGUUCAAAUCAAAAGUUGAGAGAGUCUACAAGUGACAGCUCUCGCUUGAAAUACAUACUAUCAACAAGGAAAAUAUUCGGAUUAGUGCCUGAAUUAGACUUGGACGAUGCUAAGCAGAGCUAUUCGGAGACCAUUACACCGCAAGUGAAUAAAAGGAUUGUAAAACUCAAAGAAGAAACGAACAAGUUGGAACUUAGGCUGAAAGAAUUGGCGCAGGAACUCAGUUUGGCAAGAGAAAAGCUUAGCAAUUAUCGCAGUGGACGAGAGGUAUGGGAAUUAAACACAGAGGAGCUACUGCGAGAUUCAAGAUAUGAUAGACAAAAGUUGAAGAGAUUGAAAGAUUUGCAAAACAUGAGAUCAAGAUUGCAAUUUAAUGUAAAUUUGAUGCAGUCAUAG